AUGCUAAAAAUCCUUCUCCCCUCAAUCCUCUUGCUCCCCUCCAUAUGACUAACCCCUAAAAAAUAUCUUUGAACCACCGCUCUCUUCUAUAGUCUAGUAAUUGCAAGCACUAGCCUACUUUGACUAGCAUUACCUGCCGAAAUCGGCUGAUCUUUCCUAAACUACUUUAUAGCCUCCGACCCUAUUUCCACCCCCCUCCUCGUCCUCACCUGUUGACUACUCCCCCUUAUAAUUCUCGCCAGCCAAAAUCACCUUAUGCUCGAACCAAUUAACCGCCAACGAACCUUCAUCUCUCUCCUUAUCUCCCUCCAAAUCUUCUUAAUCCUUGCUUUCAGUGCUACUGAACUAAUUAUAUUUUAUGUCAUAUUUGAAGCCACCCUUAUCCCCACCUUAAUUAUCAUUACCCGCUGGGGGAACCAAAUAGAGCGCUUAAACGCAGGGACCUACUUUCUUUUUUAUACUCUAGCAGGCUCCCUCCCCCUCCUAAUUGCCCUCCUCCUACUACAAAACUCAGCAGGCACUCUCUCCUUUUUCACCCUCCCCUACCUGCCCCCCACCCACCUGACCCUUUGGGCCCACAAAAUCUGAUGGGUAGCCUGUCUCCUAGCAUUCUUAGUUAAAAUACCCCUCUACGGGGCCCACCUAUGACUCCCUAAGGCCCACGUUGAAGCCCCCAUCGCCGGCUCAAUAGUCCUUGCCGCCGUUCUCCUGAAACUAGGCGGAUACGGAAUAAUGCGCAUUCUUGUCAUCCUAGACCCCCUUACCAAAGAAUUAAACUACCCCUUUAUCAUCCUAGCACUUUGAGGGGUGAUUAUAACUGGAUCUAUUUGUUUACGACAAACAGACCUAAAAGCCCUCAUUGCCUACUCUUCAGUGAGCCAUAUAGGCCUGGUAGCAGCAGCCAUUUUAAUCCAAACCCCCUGGGCCCUCACAGGAGCCUUAAUCCUCAUAAUUGCACACGGCUUAACAUCUUCAGCCCUCUUUUGUCUUGCCAAUACCAACUAUGAGCGCUCCCACAGUCGAACUAUAAUUUUGGCCCGAGGAUUACAAACACUUUUACCCCUAGCAGCCAUCUGAUGAUUCACUGCCACCCUAGCCAACCUUGCGUUACCACCCCUGCCGAACCUCAUGGGUGAACUAAUAAUUAUUACAUCUUUGUUUAACUGAUCUAUGUGAACGCUAAUUAUGACAGGCUUAGGAACACUAAUCACCGCAGGCUAUUCCCUCUAUAUGUUCCUCACAACCCAACGCGGGCCACUUCCCAACCACCUAAUUUCCCUUGACCCUUCCCACUCUCGCGAACACCUUCUCCUCACACUUCACCUUCUGCCCCUCCUAUUACUUGUACUCAAGCCAGAACUGCUCUGAGGCUGAAACGCUU